UGAGCUCUUGUUUGUUGUGUUUAUUAUAGCGUUAUAUAAAAAGCAGUGAAAGACCGGCAAAACAGUUGUCGUUUAAAACCGUUCAUCAAAUUUGGUGAUAUCAGUGACCAAUUGAGGUGAUAGAGAGUCAUCGAUUGAGUUGAUGAAGCAAUGAAUAGGAGCCAAAACAAGCGCAAUGACAAGUUAGUGACCAACGAUGACGGCGACGACGACAUCGACUCGAGUGGUCAUAACAUGACGUGUAAUAAGAGUUUGAGACACGACUUGCCGAAGACUGGCUCUUAUAAUACGAAAGUUAUGGUCAAUACCAUAGUUUUGAUAAUAUUUUUCAUACUAUUGUUACUAUCAUUAAUACCGGUGACCACCAGUGCCAUCGGUGACCUGCCGUUGUCACAACCAGAUUAUCAUCGAAGCGGACAAAGUGGUGAUCAAUCGUUGACUUUGUGUCAAAAGUGUCGCGUCUUAACCGAAUCAUUUGAUGCGGGUCUGGAGCGCACCAAACGCGGUAAGUUUGAAGGCGGAGACACCAAUUGGGAAGAGUCGAAACUCCGGUCAUACUCUAACUCAGAGAUCAGAUUAACUGAAAUACAGGAAAUGUUGUGCAAUGAACUGAGCUCAGGAAAGGAUCAGUGUCAUCAUUUGGCUGAAGAAUAUGAGCCCCAAAUUGAGAACUGGUGGUUCACAAAACGUCAAUCGGGAGAGACAUUGUAUGACUAUCUCUGUAUGAACAAAAUGAAGGCCUGUUGUCCGGACAACCAUUACGGACCAAACUGUACGCCAUGUCCGGGAUAUCCCUAUAAAGUGUGCAAUAAUAGAGGCUAUUGUUCGGGUAAUGGUUCGACCGACGGUACCGGCAAGUGUCUGUGCGACGCCGGGUUUACCGGUAAUCUGUGUAAUAUGUGUGCGAAAAACUAUUUCAAAAACGAUACCACCGAAGACGGUCUUCCAAUAUGUCAAGAAUGCCAUAAGUCAUGUCAAGACGGAUGUCGGUCCUCAGGUCCUAAAGGUUGUUUGGUAUGCGGAACGGGCUAUAUCUGGGACAACGAUUACGGUUGUCUUGAUGUGGACGAGUGCGUCGAUCUCGGAGUCACUCCGUGCGAGACUAACGCCUUUUGCAUCAACACUGAGGGCUCCUAUUAUUGUUACCAAUGUGACAAAGCCUGCGACGGAUGUAAUGGUGACGGACCUGAUUCGUGCCUUAAAUGUGCACCAAAUUAUGUCUUAAACAAUGACAUCUGUAUUGACGUAAAUUCGAACAAACGAGAAGUUCAUAUAUCACUGGCCAGGUAUGCCACAUACCUGGGUCUAUGUGUGGCCACUUGUAUUAUAUUCCGCAACAACAUAUACGUGGCAUCGGUUAUCGGUGUAGUGGUCGGCGUAUAUAUUACGAUAUCUGAGUUUACACUUAAGGACGACAUAUUUAACCCGUUAGCCAACUGGGGCUUCAAUAUGUAACCAACAAAAUCUGGUAUUCAACAUUUAAUACUACCAAUGUUUUUUAUAGCUAACAUUCCAAAGUUGAUGUCCACAAAAAAUAAUGAGUUGAUCUGGUUUUACUCCCAUAAGCUUACCGUAAUCUUGUAGGGCUUAUCCCAACUGCUUCCAUAGAUUCCAGUUUAGUAAUUAUUGCACAUUUAG